AUGAACUGCACCGAGCCGCGGCGGCUGCAGGCGCUGCUCAGCGCGCUGCUGCGGGAGCUGCGCCGCGGCGGCAACGCCAGCGCGGCCGGUGCAGGUCCCGGUGCUGGUCCCGAUGCCGGUGCCGGGGGGGACGCGUCGCUCUACAUCCUGCUCAUCAUGAUCUUCUACGGCUGCCUGGCCGGGGGGCUCAUCCUGGCCUACACCCGCUCGCGGAAGCUGGAGUCCAAGCACGACCCGUACCACCUCUACAUCGAGCGCGACUGGGGCCGAGCCGGGCCGGGAGAGGAGGGCUGCCCCGCCGAGGGGCAGCGGCUGAUGUGAGCGCUGCCCGGCCGGUCCCUCCGGGCCUGCCCCCUCGGCUCCCCGAGGACCGGCGGGGUGAGGAACAGAUCGGCACCCGCGGCCGGUCCUGCAGCGGGACCUGCUCUUCAGCUCUGCACAGAUCUGGACUGCUUUUCUACAAUGAACACCUGCAUCGCGUACGUACAGAGACCACUCUCAUCAAUCACCUCUAGAGCUUACCUAACAUCUUCUGCUCUAAAAUCAGUUAGUAUUCCACCCUGUUACCCGAACACAGUGCUACUGCUGUGGGCAGCCUUUCACAGAAUUAAAAGCAGCUACCCUAUCACUGUAUUACGAACCCUUCUAUCACUUUAGAGCACUGGCAGUCGUGCCAGGUACAAAGGACUGGAAGGGUCAGGUCUCGUUCUGAUAAAUCAACUGUUCUGGAAUCAUUUAUCAAAACAGGAGCUCAGAGGCUGAAGGUG